AUGGUAGCUGCUAUCCGCCGAAGAAAGAUGAUCGGCCAUCGCCGACGGGUUGAAGACGAAGGCGAGGAUGAUGGUGGUCUCGAACAGCUCGACAUUGACGAUGACUCCUUGACAGAUGGGUCCAUGGCUUCGGAGGAUCCCGAUCCGGCCGACGAUAGUGAUACUAGUAAUGUCGAUGAGGCUUCACCGACGACGCCUGCUGCUCCGAAGUUGACCAGUCAAGCAGCCAAUGGCAAUGGUAAUGUGAAGAGGACGCACACCAAGUCUUCCGGUGGCCACCUAACGAAGGGCUCCAGAAAGACCGGUCUAAACGCUGUAUCGGACACCGAAUUCAUGAUGAGCAACCUAAACAUUUCGGACGAAGCUGCUCCGGUGCAGGUACUGAAUUUUGAAGAAUCUAUGGAACCUCAAUCCAAGUCCUCGGCCCCUAUAGUGGUUAGCUCGAAUUCUGCUGUUGCGAAUCCGGAUUCCUCCCAAGACCCAACUACUGAUAAGCGACGAAAGGAGCAUGAUGAAUAUAGGCGCAAACGAGACGAGGAUCCGUGGUUCGUUCCCAACAGAGGCGCCUUCUUUAUGCAUGACCACAGACAUGCCGGCCCUUCUGCCAACGGAUUUCGCCCUUUCGGUAGGGGUCCUCGGGGGAGAGGUCGUGGUGGUAUGGGCGGUCCUUUUGCGCCAAUAAAUCAUCAAAUCCAUGGUCCGGCCGAUCCAACGACAAAUGGUCCUUGGGCACACGAUAUGCACGAGGCAGUCGCACAGCCUAUACACGCCCGACAACCGCGGCCCUCGUUUACUGACGAUGGCCCACCGAACGGCGAUGGUUAUAUUCCCACUUGCCCUGCCAGCACUACACCAAUCAACCGGACCAUGGCUACAGAUAAGCAUGUUGGCAAUGUACAGAUCAGGGUCUACUUCCCAGGAAUAAAGGAGCCCGUCAUCUUCCCCGGUAUACAAGUACGACAGUAUACGAAAUUACCAGACCACCGACCACCGUUGAGACGCGACAAGCCUGUCCGUAUCUCCCUACCUGACUUCCCUCCCCGAUAUAUCUUUCCAGCCACCGACAGGUCUUUCAUCUUUAUACCCCGAGCGAUGCGUCCGAACCAACGAUUGCGGGGCAAGCCAAGGUCUGGUCUUGGAUCUAUUGGCGGGUUUUCUAGGAGGACGAGCGUAUUUGGGGGGAGUGUGUACGCUGGUAGUGCGUAUACCCCGAGCAUCGCUCUUAGCCGACGGUCUUCGAUUGCCCCUGAUUUGGGGAGAGACUAUCUGGUAUCUCCGACCGGUUCUACUAUGUCGCGGCCGCCAUUACCCUAUGACGCUGCUCGACCUGUUGUCAGGCUUCCUCCACAAGGUCGACCUGAACAACAGCUUCCCGCUAUUGAUGGUGCACCAGCAGAAGGGUUCGCUGGAGUUGGUCAGCCCGCUAUGAGCGACGUUUCAAUGCAACAAACGCAACCACAAAGGCCGGUGUUCCAGGAGAACCGACCUGUACCUAUCCCUAUGCACCAGCCUCGGCCGCAGAAGACUGUCUCGGUAGCCGGCAUCGAGUCGCCAGAAAUGCAGCAUAAUCCGUCUCAACCAUAUCAACAGGCCUUCCACCAACAAGUUCCUGUUCAGGUGUCGACUAGCCUAGGUCAAGAAUCUCACGCCCGACAUCCCUCGUACCAGUCUCAACAUUCGACCGGCACACCGCUCUCCCAAAUUCCUGAACGCGCCAUCCAUGCUGCCCCUUUCCAGCCAAACCAGUUCGCCCAGCAGAACUACUACCAGCCAUACCAGAUGAUGCAGCCUCAACAAGGCUAUUACUACCCCCCAGCUACUUAUCCAGGUGCACUAGCUCCAUCCGCCACCGCACCUACAUUCGUCCCGGGAGCGCAACAACCUCAACCCCAGGGUGAACCCGCUACCAAUCAGCCAACUGGACAGAGUACACCAAACUCCAAUUUGGUUGCUCAAGAAGUCAAUGGUAUGGUCUACUACUAUGAUGCAUCUCAGUUACCCCCUAUGCCUACAUACAACCCCUACCCAACGCCCCAGGGCUAUCCGAUGCCCAGUGGAGUUGUAGGCAUGAACGGUAUGGUUACCCCGAGCCCGGAUGGCUACUACUACCCUCCGUCGGGACCUGGUGUUGUCUACUACCAGCAGUAA